AUGGCGCAGCCGCCGGAGACGUUCCCACCGCAGGGGAUCACGGACGAUCUCAUCGACUUCUUGCAAGAGAUCCAUGACCAUUUGGCGUAUGAUCCUGGUAACAGAGAUGCGUUAUUCGCCCUCUUCGCGGACUUCGGCAAGCCCGAGAUCAUCGACGACGAGCGCGUCUCGGCCCGAGCGGUGCAUCUCCUCCGGGGCCAUCCUCAUCUCGUUGCCCGGUUCUAUGCCUUGGUCGACCCGGUGCGUCAAGGUUUGCAUCUCUUAAAACGGGCAGAAAAGGCGUUGGGCCCGGCGAACUACGAUCUGUUUAUCGCAAAGCUGUACAGCGUCGACUUGGAACAAAGCCUCGACGCUCACCGAGUUUACCAAGAGUUCAAAGAACUCCUCGGCAAGAAGCACGACGACCUGCUCCGGGGUUUGGCCGGCUUCCUGCCAACGAAAUACGGCCUGCCGCCGCCAUCUCGCGCGAGCGCAAAGGCGGAGCAGGAAGAGCUUCGGCCGAGGCCGGAACGCAAGCACCCCUCUUACGCUGGCGCAGAUGCACCCGAGAGCAGCCGGCCGAGCCGGGCCAAGAAACCCCGCGUCGUCGACGUCGGCCCGACGCCCGCGCCCGCCUGUUUCGCUGACACGGGCGCAGCCGGGAGCAGCAGGCCGAGCAGGGCGAGGAGACCUCGCAUGUACGAGCACGAGCACGACGGCUCGUGGCCGGAACGCAAGCCCGCCGCGUGCGCCGUUUCAGUCGCGGACGACGGCAAGAGCAGCAGGCCGAACAGGGCCAAGAUACCUCGCAUGUACGAGUACGAGUACGACGGCUCGUUGCAGGAACGCAAGCCCGCCUUGUGCGCCGUUUCAGUCGCGCACGACGGCAAGAGCAGUAGGCCGAGCAGGGCCAAGAAACCUCGUGCGGACGACAGCAUGAGCCGGCACGCUCUUAUAGGCGGCGAGGCGGGAGGCUCUGUCCGUGUGGCCGCGGCGCCGGCGCCGGCACCUGACGCCAUCGUCAGAGAGGUGAAGAGGUUCAGGGAGGCCUGGGAGUUCGAGACCGGCUACUCGUUGCUGGAUGCUACGUUGAAGCGCGCGGAGGAGGUGAAGGAUGAACGCGAACGCCUGAACGGUGCCAGGGCUUCCCUGGUUGAGCUCUUCCCGAGGCCCGAGAUCCGAGGAUACCUCGCCAAGAUGUAUCACGUCAGAUGGAAUCAUAUGCGACAGUUGCUGGAGCACGGCGGCGAUCACACUGCCUUCGCUUUGGAGGCCAUCGUGGAUAGGCUGAGGACGAAAGAUGCGGAGGCCGUCGACGAAGCAAGGAGGCGUCAGGAUCCCGCCCGCGCUGCCCAGAGACUGCAGGAGCUCGCCCAGGGGAGGGUGCGUUUAGAGCACAAGAUGGCGCGUGAGACCAACGAGGCCAACGAGCAGCGGCGACGACAGCCGUGA